AUGCCGCGCAUUACAUGGAGAACCGCGACCCGCCCUCCUCACCUCCCGCACCGUACCAAUACCGAGCUCAACAUUGGCGUCCUCCGCCGCUACGUCCCCUCCAUCUCCGCCAUCCUCUCCAUCACCGCCAACGCCGUCAUAUACACCUUCGACACCUCCACGCAGUCCUGGGACAAGUCGGGUGUCGAGGGCACCCUCUUCGUCUGCUCGCAGGACCCCAACCCCGCCACGGGAGAGCCCCGGUUUUGCGCCUUUGUCCUGAACCGCCGGGGCCUGGAGAACCUGAUCCUCGACCUCGCCACAAUCCGAGAGUGCGAGGUGACGGAUACUCUGCUCAUUCUCGCGCUCGACGACGGCGAGGAGGCCGAAGAGAACCCAAUGGCCAAGGCGUUGGGUAUCUGGAUGCAUGCUGACACCGCGGAGACGAGAGAUGUCAAUAUGAAGCUCAUUCAUAGUUUGUGGGGCCAGGUCAGGGAGGCGCGGAAACAGGUGCAGAGCUUGCACGAGUAUAACGGCGGGUUCGACAUGUCACAGCCCGAGCGGCAGGAGUCUGUUGGGCCCGCACUGCAGGCUAUAGGGAAACAGCUCACGAUCGACGAGCUAUUUGCCAGCCAAGCAGGCGGUGGCGGGUACGGGAGGUAG